AGAAUAUCUUAGCAAUUAUAUAUUUCAGAGGGGGGAAUUUGGAAAUUUAGAUUAUUAUUAAUAUCAUAAAUGGAUUAGAAGGAUUUCAUCAUUGAUACUUAAAGCGAAUUCUUCACGAAGAAAUUUCAAGUGAGUCUUACAAAAAGGGAACCAAUCAAUCAUGAUUCCUAUAUGUUCAGAUUUGAUUUCAAAAAUCACCAAGAGAGAUUAGGCAUGCAAGCUGUUUAGCAUAUCAAAAUCUAGUAAGUUUUGAAUAUUAAUAUUGAGUGGUCUUAAUAUGAAGGGCGAGAUUGUUGACAGAGCAUACACUCAUGUCUUUGAAGAGGAUGGAUACUUUUUAAUACCUAUCAAAAUUUAUAGACCUAAUGUUCAUCCUCAAUUUCCAAACGGAGGUGAGUUAACACCAUGGUUGGAGAAUUUAGAAGUACUUCUUUGUAAUAUCGUAAUAGCUUCAUUCUGAUUUGACAAUUAAAAGGUGUGUAGGCAAGUUGCUUUAUCAUAAUAAUCAAUUUAUUGUUAGGCCAAAACUUAAUAAGACAUGGUAACAAUUCAGUACAGUAUUGCUGAUAUGUGGAGGAAGUGGUAUCACUCCAGCCUAUCAAUUAAUCCGAACCAUCUGCGAUAACCCAAAUGAUAACACCAAAAUGGUCCUUUUGUAUGCCAAUAAAACUGAAUAAGAUAUUUGGUUAUUAAAAGAAUUAAAUGAAUUAUCGGACAAGCACAAAGAAUAAUUUACAGUCCAUUACACCUUAGACAAGGUAUUUAUAUACACUAUGGUUUUUAAGUCUGAGGAGAAUUGGAAGGGUCAUAAGGGAUUUGUGACUCUAGAAAUGAUGACAUCAAUAUUCCCAUAGCCAACUGAAACUACAAUAGGAGUAUUAUGCGGACCUAAACCCAUGAACAAGUUAGUCCUAUCGCUUUAUGAAUAAUUUGGAUUAAAGAAAGAGAACAUAGUCAAAUUCUGAGUAGGAUGUUGUAUUAAAUAAAAAUCUAAAUAAUUAAGAGUUUUCUCCUUUGAACUCAAAUUAUCAAAUCAUGACAUAGUCUUAGACUCUUGUUUGAGUUUGCCAGGCCUUAAGGUUUCAAUAAUAGCCUCUAUAAAAUCAUAAAAAUAACAUUAACAACUUGAAUAUAAUCUCA